AGUCAUCUCCCAACCCUGCCCUUCCCUUCCCUACUACACAAACCCCUCCGCCGCCGCCGCCGCCGCCGCCGCCAUCGCCCUCACCGUUCUACCUCGUCCGCAGAUAUCGAUUAUUGAGGUGAAUUGAGCACGCUAGUUUGUCAAGAUGUCUGAUAGUCAUGAAACCGACAAGAAUAUUGAGAUGUGGAAGAUUAAGAAGCUGAUCAAGGGACUUGAAUCUGCUAGGGGCAAUGGCACAAGCAUGAUCUCUCUGAUUAUGCCUCCACGUGAUCAAGUCUCACGUGUGACCAAGAUGCUGGGUGAUGAAUAUGGUACCGCUUCAAAUAUCAAGAGUAGAGUCAACCGCCAAUCUGUUCUGGCAGCCAUCACCUCAGCUCAGCAGAGGCUGAAGCUGUAUAAUAGGGUUCCACCAAAUGGAUUAGUUCUCUACACUGGAACAAUUCUAACUGACGAUGGCAAGGAGAAGAAGGUUACAAUUGAUUUUGAGCCAUUCAAGCCUAUCAAUGCAUCCUUGUACCUUUGUGACAACAAAUUUCACACUGAAGCCUUGAGUGAGCUCUUGGAAUCUGAUGACAAGUUUGGGUUCAUUAUUAUGGAUGGUAAUGGAACUCUUUUCGGCACACUUAGUGGCAACACUCGUGAAGUGCUUCACAAAUUUACUGUAGAUCUCCCAAAGAAGCAUGGAAGAGGAGGGCAAUCUGCUCUGCGUUUUGCUCGCCUUCGGAUGGAAAAGCGUCAUAAUUACGUUCGGAAGACAGCUGAACUUGCCACUCAGUUCUUCAUCAACCCAGCUACCAGCCAGCCUAAUGUUGCGGGACUAAUAUUGGCUGGUUCUGCUGAUUUUAAAACAGAACUAAGCCAAUCUGACAUGUUUGAUCAGCGCCUUCAGACCAAAAUACUGAAUGUGGUUGAUGUUUCAUAUGGUGGUGAGAAUGGUUUCAACCAAGCCAUUGAGUUAUCAGCUGAAAUUCUAGCAAAUGUGAAGUUCAUACAGGAGAAGAAGUUGAUUGGGAAGUACUUUGAAGAGAUUAGUCAAGAUACUGGGAAGUAUGUCUUUGGCGUUGAUGACACCCUGAAGGCUCUUGAGAUGGGUGCUGUUGAAACUCUGAUGGUGUGGGAAAACCUUGAUGUCAACCGAUAUGUGCUUAAGCACAGCGCAAGUGGAGAAAUUAUCAUAAAGCAUCUGAACAAAGAGACCGAAGCUGACCAGAGCAAUUUCCGUGAUGCAGAAACCAAUGCUGAGCUGGAAGUUCAGGAGAAAACAACUCUUUUGGAAUGGUUUGCUAAUGAAUACAAGAAGUUCGGGUGCACUCUUGAAUUCGUUACCAACAAAUCUCAAGAGGGCUCACAGUUUUGCCGAGGAUUUGGUGGCAUCGGUGGUAUCCUGCGCUACCAGCUGGACAUUCGUUCUUUUGAUGAUCUUGACGAUGAUGAGGGUGUCUACGAAGACUCUGAUUAGCAACUAAUCAGUCAAAUGCCAGGUGCAAUCACGAUUAAUUCUGAAUUCUGCUCGACUAUUUGUUCUGGAGCACUUCAAAGGAGCUAUCCAUUGACUUAUGGGCGCGGGGGAGCUUCAUAUUCUGCUUUAGAAGUCUGAAAUGAUACAAUCACAAAUCCUCCGUUAAAUGGUGUCGAGAUGUUAUUCUCCUAAAUCACAAUGAGAACCGUGUGAUACAAAACUUGGUUGUUACCUCCUAUUUUGCUGUUAUGUGAACUGAGAGUCUGUCUAAGUUUCGACUUUUAGCAAUUGGUCCAAUGGGGAAAAAGUCUGUCCUAAAUUUGAGUUAUUGUAAGCUACUGUUGUUGCACCUUUUGUAAGUGCUGCUUUACAUGUUGUCAACUUGUCAUGCCGAAAGGUUAAAUUGGAUUGGGAUUCAAGUGUA